UGACCUGGAUUAACAGAAUUCUUUUUCUACUGAGACACACGAGUAACCCAUCUAGAAGAAAGAUGGCAAGCUCUUUCCGGCGUCUGGUCUCCAGCCGCAACACGGCGGUGCUCUUGGCCGGCUUGGGAGCAGGAACCAUGGCAACAGGCUUGUUGCUGAACGAGAACAGCUCUCUGGCUGCAGACGUGAGGAGGAAGCUCUAUCCUCCCAGCUCUGACUUCCCCGAUCUGAGGAAACACAACAACUGCAUGGCCUCUGCUCUGACUCCAGCUGUUUACGCUAAACUGAGAGACAAGGUGACCCCCAACAACUGGACCCUGGACCAGUGCAUCCAAACUGGAGUCGACAACCCAGGACACCCUUUCAUUAAGACUGUGGGCUGUGUAGCCGGCGAUGAGGAGAGUUAUGAGGUGUUUGCUGAGCUCUUUGACCCUAUCAUUAAAGACAGACACAACGGCUAUGACCCCAAAACCAUGAAACAUCCCACUGACCUGGAUUCCUCCAAGAUAACCAACGGCAUUUUUGAUGAGAAUUAUGUUCUGUCAUCCCGCGUCCGGACUGGCCGCAGCAUCCGUGGUUUGAGCCUCCCCCCAGCCUGUUCAAGGGCUGAGCGCCGUGAGGUGGAGCGGGUGGCGGUGAUGGCCCUGGCCGGCCUGAAAGGGGACCUGGCUGGACGCUACUACAGCCUGGGAGAAAUGUCAGAGAAAGAGCAGCAGCAGCUCAUUGAUGACCACUUCCUGUUUGACAAGCCAGUUUCUCCACUGUUGACAUGUGCCUUUAUGGCCAGAGACUGGCCAGACGCCAGGGGCAUCUGGCACAACAAUGAGAAGACCUUCCUGAUCUGGAUAAAUGAAGAAGACCACACCAGAGUCAUCUCCAUGGAGAAGGGCGGCAACAUGAAGAGAGUGUUUGACAGAUUCUGCCGUGGACUUAAACAGGUGGAGCAUCUGAUCCAGGAGAGAGGAUGGGAGUUCAUGUGGAACGAGCAUCUGGGCUACGUCCUCACAUGUCCCUCCAACUUGGGCACUGGUCUCAGGGCGGGCGUUCAUGUACGCCUGCCCAACCUCAGCAAGGACCCGCGUUUUUCCAAAAUCCUCGACAACCUGCGGCUGCAGAAGCGAGGCACAGGUGGAGUGGACACGGCUGCGACUGGAGACACCUUCGACAUUUCCAACCUGGACCGUUUGGGUAAAUCUGAGGUGGAGCUGGUUCAGCUGGUGGUUGAUGGGGUUAAUUACCUUAUCGAGUGUGAGAAGAAGUUGGAGAAAGGCCAGGACAUCAAAGUCCCAGCUCCCCUUGUUCAGUUCAAGAAGUGAAAUCUGGACUCAUGACAGUUAGCAGGAGGUCAUCAGCUGGUUGGUGUUUCCUUCUAGACUGAGCCCGACGGAGAACCUCAGAGCUACGCAGUACUACCGAGCAGGUUGAAGCCUCUCACAAAAUAUCUUCAGGGUACAAUGAUCCUACACGUGACCUGCUGUAUGGUGGAAAUCCUACCUCAAGUUCAAUGUAACCCUGACUUUAAUAAAUAACUCAUUUCAAA